AUGAAGGAAAGACGCGCACGCCGAGCACGCGGACGGCAGAGUGGAAUGUACGUGCGCGCGCACAGCUGAGCAGAAAGGGACGAGCCGGGUUAGUUGACGACCCGGCACCGGCUGGCACGCGAGCGAGCGAGCCGGCUUGUGUUCUGCCCCGGGUUUCUGCGCGUGGUUCUCUCCGGAGCUCGGCGACAGCGGAAGGUUGUCUCCAAACCAGCGUCGGACACUCGGGGCGGACGCCGCCGCCGCCGCCGCCGCCGCCGCCGCCGCCGCCAGCAAGCAGCAGCAGCAGCAAUUCGGCGGGGGACCAUGCCAGGCUCCAUGCCGAGCACGGAGCCACCACCUGCGCCGUGUGACGGCGGACGUAGCGCGGACGCCGACGAUAAGGCGGCGAUGUCCGGCGCGGGUUCGGCGCUGCAGCAGGCGGGCAUCAUCGACCCAUCGGUUCCCAUCCGGGAUAUACAAACCAAAUUUGCCGUUCUCAGCGGACUCAUUCAAGCCGGGGAGGUUAGCAACCGGGAUAUCGUGGACACGGUGCUCAAUUUGUUGGUGGCGGGCGAGUUCGAUCUGGAGGUCAACUUUGUCAUUCAAGAGGCGGACGGCAUCGGCUGCCUGCCGGCUCUGCUGGAGCACUGCGACGUCGCCUGCCAGGCGGAGAUCUGGAACGUGCUGACCGCCAUGCUGCGCAAGAGCGUGCGCAACCUGCAGAUGAGCACCGAGGCGGGACUCGUCCGGCGGCUGCUGCUCCGGAUCGGCUCGGUGGACGACAUGAUUGCAGACUUGCUGGUGGACACGCUGGGCGUGCUGGCCGGCUACAGCAUCACGGUGGGGGAGGUCAAGCUCCUCUUCAGCAUGCUGCAGGGGGAAGGCGGCCUGUGGCCCAGGCGUGCCGUCAAGAUGCUGGCCGUGCUCAACCACACACCCCGGCGACACGGACCCGACGCCUUUUUCAACUUCCCCGGCCGCAGUGCCGCUGUAACCAUCGCGUUGCCUCCCAUUGCCAAGUGGCCUUACCAGAACGGCUUCACGUUCAACACCUGGUUCAGGAGGGAUCCCUUGAACAACAUCAACGUGGGCAAGGACAAGCCCUAUCUCUACUGUUUCCGUACCGGCAAAGGCAUCGGCUACUCUGCACAUUUCGUCGGCAACUGUCUGAUCGUCACGUCUCUCAAAUCCAAAGGGAAAGGCUUCCAGCACUGCGUCAAAUACGAUUUCCAGCCGAGAAAGUGGUACAUGAUCAGCAUCGUCCACGUCUACAGCCGCUGGAGGAACAGCGAGAUCCGUUGCUACGUCGACGGCCAACUGGUUUCUUACGGAGACAUGGCCUGGCACGUCAACACCAACGAUAGUUACGAGAAGUGCUUCCUGGGCUCCUCGGAGACGGCCGACGCCAACCGAGUCUUCUGCGGCCAGCUGGGAGCCGUCUACGUUUUCGGCGAAGCGCUCAAUCCGGCGCAGAUCUUCGCCAUCCAUCAGCUCGGACCCAGCUAUAAGAGCACGUUCAAGUUCAAGUCCGAGAGCGACAUCCACCUGGUCGAGCAUCACAAGCGAGCGUUGUACGACGGCAAGCUGGCGAGCGCCGUGGCGCUGGCCUACAACGCCCAAGCCACCGAUGCGCAGCUGUGUCUGGAGUCGUCCCCCAAGGAGCACGGCUCCAUCUUUGUGCACUCGCCCCACGCGCUCAUGCUUCAGGAUGUAAAAGCCACGGUGACUCACUCCAUCCACCGGGCCAUCCACUCUAUCGGAGGCAUCCAGGUUCUCUUCCCACUCUUUGCUCAGCUGGACUACCAUCAUUUGAACGAAAGCCAAUUGGAGACCAGCGUCUGUGCUACCCUCCUGUCCUUCCUGGUGGAGCUGCUGAAGAGCUCUGUGGCCAUGCAGGAGCAGAUGCUGGGCGGGAAAGGCUUCUUGGUCAUUGGCUACCUGCUCGAAAAGUCGUCCCGCGCCCACAUCAGCAGCUCGGUGCUGGAGCAGUUCCUCUCCUUCGCCAAGUAUCUGGACGGCCUGCCGUACGGGGCGGCGCUAUUGAAGCAGCUCUGCGACCACAUCCUGUUCAACGCCGCCAUCUGGAUCCACACCCCCGCCAAGAUCCAGCUGUCUCUGUACACGUACCUGUCCUCCGAAUUCAUCGGCACGGCGGCCGUCGACGGCACCAUCCGGCGUGGCGGCACGGUGCUCCGCUUCAUGCAUACUCUCAAGUACUACUACUGGGCCGUCAACCCGGCAGGCGGCAGCGGCAUCGCCCCAAAGGGUCUUGAUGGUCCAAGGCCGACCCAGAAAGAAAUCAUCUCUCUGCGGGCCUCCAUGCUUCUCUUUCUCAAACAACUCAUCUUGAAGGAUCGAGGUGUGAAGGAAGACGAGCUCCAGAGCAUCCUCAACUAUUUGUUAACAAUGCAUGAGGACGAGAACCUCCACGACGUGUUACAGCUGCUGGUGGCCCUCAUGUCCGAGCACCCGGCCUCCAUGAUCCCCGCUUUCGACCAGAGAAACGGAAUACGGGUGCUCUACAAACUUCUGGCAUCCAAGAGUGAAGGCAUUCAAGUGCAGUCGCUCAAAGUGCUCGCCUACUUCCUCAAACAUUUGGGACACAAACGAAAGGUGGAGAUCAUGCACACCCAAAGUCUCUUCACCCUCCUGGGCGAGAAGCUGCUGCUGCACGGCGGCGGCGGCGGCGGCGGCAUGAGCGUGACCACCUACAACGCGCUGUACGAGAUUCUCACGGAGCAGGUGUGCACGCAGGUGGUCCACAAGCCGCACGCCGAGCCCGACUCCAGCGUCAGGAUUCAGAACCCAAUGAUCCUCAAAGUGAUGGCGACCCUCUUAAAGAACUCGGCCCCCGGCGCCGAGCUGAUGGACAUCCGCCGCCUCUUCCUCUCCGACAUGAUCAAACUGUUCGGCAGCAGCCGAGAGAACCGACGAUGCCUGCUGCAGUGUUCGGUGUGGCAGGACUGGAUGUUCUCUCUGGGCUACGUCAACCCAAAAAGCCCGGACGAGCAGAAGGUCACCGAGAUGGUGUACGACGUCUUCCGUAUCCUGCUGUACCACGCCAUCAAGCACGAGUGGGGGGGCUGGCGCGUGUGGGUGGACACGCUCUCCAUCGCGCACUCCAAGGUGACAUACGAGGCGCAUAAGGAGUACCUGGCCAAGAUGUACGACGAAUACCAGCGUCAAGAAGAGGUGAACAUCAAGAAAGGGGAGAAAGGUUCGGUCAGCACCAUCUCGGGUCUGUCGGCUCAGACCGCCGGCACGACGGCCUCGGUGGACAUGGCGGAAACAACGGACGGCGGCUCCCGCUCGCCGGGCAGCGACGGCGCCGAUUGGCACGACGGGCGCAAGCCGGAGGGGAGCGCGGCGGUGGGUGGCAUCGGAGCGGAAGUCCGGCACCUCCUCGUGGACAUCAAAGCGGAGAAGGUGGAAGCGACGGAGGUGAAGAUGGACGACGUGGACCCGCUGAUGGAGGCGGAGUGUCUGCUGGGCGACGUUUACGGCACCGUGAUGCCGCCGAAGAACGGCGCGACGGAGCGGCGGAUCUCGGCUCCUCUGAUCUCGCUGGACGACGACAAAGACGGCGUCCCUCAGGGCAGCGCUUUCUUGUUACCCGACUUGCACCCGGAUCGUCCUUUGGGACCGGGCGAAGAUCUGCGCCUUCUGGCCACCUCGGAAAAGGAUGAGCUCCAAGUCUUGGCGGAGGGGGCCUCGAUCCCAGUUGCGGUGCCCUCUCAAGGCGACCUUUCGGCCUUGUGGAGCGGGAGCGAGAAGCCCUCGGACACGGCGGAGGAUGGCGAGGAGAUAAAGAUUCAAACCAGGACAACCACGCAGAGCCUAAACAGCCGACUUGGCAGUCCGACGGACGGAGCCCAUUUGCCGGCCGAGGGCGCCCUGCCAGAGCGGGACUACGAACAGCAGCAGCAGCAGCAGCGGCGGCGUCAGUUCAGCCCGGGCCCUCGCACCACCAUGUUCCGCAUCCCGGAGUUCAAGUGGUCGCCCCUGCACCAGAGGCUCCUGGCCGACCUGCUCUUUGCCCUGGAGAGCGACGUGCACGUCUGGAGGUCGGCGCGCGCUCGCGCUCGCACACGCACGUGUCGACUCGCUUUAACGGGGGUACAAUAUCGGCUUUCUUUCUUUUCUCUCGGCCGCAGCCAUUCCAGCAAGUCUGUCAUGGACUUCGUCAACAGCAGUGAGAACCUCAUUUUCGUCCACAACACCAUCCACCUCAUCUCGCAGAUGGUGGACAACAUCAUCAUUGCCUGCGGUGGCAUCCUGCCGCUGCUUUCAGCCGCCACUUCUCCGUCUGUGGAGAACAUCGAGGCGACGCAGGGCAUGUCGUCGGAGACGGCCGUCACCUUCUUGUCUCGCCUGAUGGUGAUGGUGGACGUGCUGGUCUUCUCCAGCUCGCUCAACUUCAGCGAGAUCGAGGCGGAGAAGAACAUGUCGUCCGGCGGCCUCAUGCGUCAGUGCUUGAGACUCGUGUGUUGCAUGGCAGUGAAGAGCUGUCUGGAGUGCAGGCACCGGCACGGCGGGAACACGCCGAUCGCUACCACCACCAACAACAACAAGUGCCAGGACAUGCCAGCAAAUACUGUGAUUUUUACACUCACCGCAUCCAACGUGUCUCCCAUCAAGGACCCCGAUCGCCUCCUGCAGGAUGUGGACAUCAACCGCCUGCGUGCCGUGGUCUUCCGUGACGUGGACGACAGCAAGCAAGCUCAGUUCCUGGCUCUGGCCGUGGUCUACUUCAUUUCCGUUCUCAUGGUGUCCAAGUACCGCGACAUCUUGGAGCCUCAGCGCGAGACGGGCAGGACGAGCGCCAAGCCGGGCCACGGCGCGCCCGCUGCUGCGGGUUGUCAGUCUCGGACUUAUGUUUCUGCCCUCUCAGAAGCCGGGCAGACAUUUGCGGACCCUCCAGACCCCCCUCCGGCUUCAGACGAGCGCUCGCUUCCCCGCAGCGAGCCGAGCGUCCCGAUCGAGGGGCUCGUCGGCGUAGUCAACAGCUGUGAGCUCUUCCCCGAGCCUCUGCCGCCCUCCUCCUCCUCCUCCUCGGGGCUCAACGUCAAGGAGAUCCUCAAGAGUCUGGUGGCCCCGCCCGUGGAGGGCGUGGAGGCGGGGCUAGAGACGGUCUCCUGCCCGGAUCUCGCGGCCGAGGCCCAGAGGGCACCGCCUAUGCGGUUCCACUCCUUUGACAGGAGCGUGGUGGUGCCCGUGAAGAAGCCGCCCCCGGGGGGUCUUGCCGUCACUACGGCGGGGGGCAGCCCCGCUACCGGCCCGGUGACGCCCAACAUCUUUGCGGCUGCCUCGAGCAACCCCAAGAGCAUGAUCAACACCAUGGGAGCCAUCGACGCCUCCGCCGGCGGCGCCGGGCCGUCGUCCUCGUCCGCCCUCGUCAACGGCGCCACCAGGAAGAACCUCCCCGCUGUGCAGACGGUGGCGCCCAUGCCCGAAGACACUCUUGAGAACAUGAGUAUCACCUCCAAACUGGAGCGAGCGUUGGAGAAGGUGGCCCCACUGCUGAGGGAAAUCUUUGUGGACUUUGCGCCCUUCCUGUCGCGAACCCUGCUGGGCAGUCACGGACAGGAGCUGCUCAUUGAAGGCCUGGUGUGCAUGAAGUCAAGCACGUCGGUGGUGGAGCUGGUGAUGCUGCUUUGUUCUCAAGAGUGGCAGAACUCCAUCCAGAAGAACGCCGGCUUGGCCUUCAUUGAGCUCAUCAACGAAGGAAGGUUGCUGUGUCACGCCAUGAAGGACCACAUCGUGCGGGUGGCCAACGAGGCCGAGUUCAUCCUGAACAGACAACGAGCCGAGGACGUCCACAAACACGCCGAGUUUGAGUCGAACUGCAGCCAGUACGCUGCCGAGAGACGAGAGGAAGAGACCAUGUGCGACCACCUGAUCGGCGCCGCCAAGCAUCGGGAUCACGUGACGGCCAGUCAACUGCGGCAGAAGAUCGUCAACAUCCUCACCAACAAAUAUGGCGCCUGGGGGACGCUGGGCCAGAG